UACGACACAUGUUGAUUUUCCCCGAUUGCAAAUAGUUCCUGACCCUCUCUCGCUCUUGCCCCCCAAAACUCUUCCCCCCCCUCUCUCUCGGGGUUUCUCUCUCUCUCACUUUCUUCUGGGUCUCACUGUGUUUUGGUACAUAACGAGGCCCAUGUGGAUGUGAGAGUUCAUGGAUGGCCAUUCUGGGGUAUAGGUGAAGGAAUUGCAUUUCAACUUGGCUAUGUAAAAGUAUUGAAGCAGUCGUGAGAGUUUGAUAUUACUUUGGUUUUACCAACUUGUGGGUUCAUUUUAGCUUCGAUAAGUGAUGGAGUGCAAUAAAGAAGAGGCCAUCAGGGCCAAGGUCAUUGCUGAGACCAAGAUGCAACACAAGGAAUUUAUGUCGGCCCGUAAAUUCAUACUUAAGGCUCAAAAGCUUUAUUCUAAUCUGGAGAGUAUUUCUCAGAUGCUAGUGGUUUGUGAUGUGCAUUGCUCUGCCGAAAUCAAAUUCAAAGGGAAUGAAAUUGACUGGUAUGAGGUUCUUCAAAUUGAGCAGACUGCUGAUGACGCAUCAAUCAAAAAGCAGUAUAGGAAGUUUGCUCUCCAACUCCAUCCCGAUAAAAACAAGUUCCCUGGUGCUGAAGCUGCAUUUAAGCUGAUAGGGGAAGCUCAACGAGUGCUUUUGGACCGGCAAAAGCGGUCCGUCCUUGACGUGAAACUCAAAUCUUGUUUAAGUAAUUCGGCACCUUCACGUGUUCCUCAGAGGGCAAGUGGGAACGCAAAUAUUGGAGCUCAAAGUAAUCCUGGUCGCAGCUCUGUAAACUUGACUCGCCAGCACCAGCAGCCAAAACAGCCAGCUCAAUCGGGGGUCUCCAAUGGUUUUCCCACUUUCUGGACUGUUUGUCCGUUUUGUGCUGUGAAGUACCAGUACUAUAGAGAAGUUAUCAAUAGACCUCUACGUUGUCACACUUGUGAUAAGCCCUUCAUUGCAUAUGAUUGCGGUUAUCAAGGAGCAUCUCCAGCAACGAACUUGAAACAGCCAACAUUUCCCCAGCAGAAUGAUGUACCGAACCAGGCUGCGCGCAAUGGUAGUUUCAGUGCCGAGCAUUCUAAAAAAGAGGUUUCUCAGAAGACAGCUCAGUCCUCUGAGGCUGGCUCCAAAAAAGGAAGUGGCAAGAGAAAGAGGAAGCAGGUAUCGGAAUCCAGUGAAAGUUGUGACACUGAAAAUGGCAGCAAUACCAGGGAAGAUGAAAUGGUUGAUGAGGAUGAUAGUAUUCAGGCUGGACAGAAUUUGGGAUGUAAUAGAGAGCAAAUCAGGAGAUCUGAGCGGCGUAAGCAACGGGUUUCUUAUAAUGAAAAUUUGAGUGAUGAUGAACAAUCUGCUAAACAUCCAAAAGAGAAGAAAAGUCGAGGAUUGUCUUGUGAUGCUGAAGAGGAUGAUGGAGAUGUGAUGAAGAAAGAAGAAUCUAAAACGGAUGAACAAUCUGGUUUGGCUUCUGGCAUGAAUGCAGUUCUGAAAGAGAUGAAACGAGAAGAAGACGUGGGUCUUGGAGAGAGGCUGCAGGAUAAAAUCAAGGAAGCUAUUAAUCUGAAUGGAACAGAAAAAAUAGUAGUAGAUGAUGGCAAGAAAAGUUUUAUUGCACCGAAUGAUUCCUCAUCGGAUUUAAGUUCCAGAAAUGCGCCUGAUGUGGAGCUUUUUGAGUAUCCUGAUCCUGAUUUUCAUGACUUUGACGAAGACCGGAAGGAAGAUUGUUUUGCAGUGGGGCAGAUCUGGGCCAUUUAUGAUACGCUGGAAGCUAUGCCUAGAUUUUAUGCUCUGAUAAGGAAGGUUUUUUCUCCUGGAUUUAAGCUUCGGAUAACCUGGCUAGAGCCGGACCCAGAUGAUAAAUAUGAAAUUGAGUGGAAUGAUGAAGGCUUGCCAGUUGCUUGUGGUAAGUUCAAACUUGGUGACUCUGAAUAUACAGAGCAGCAGCAAAUGUUCUCACAUUUGAUGGACUGUGAAAAAGGAAGUCAAAGAAAUGCUUACAAGGUAUUCCCAAGAAAGGGAGAAACUUGGGCUCUCUUUAAGAAUUGGAAUAUUAAGUGGAAAUCCAUCACAGAUACUCAUCAGAAUUAUGAAUAUGAGUUUGUAGAAAUCUUGUCAGACUACAACGAGGAUAGGGGUACAUAUGUAGCAUACUUAGGCAAGGUGAAAGGCUAUGCAAGUAUUUUCUGCCGGAUGGUUAAAGAAAGUACCUCCACAUUUCAAAUACCUCCAAGUGAACUAUUUAGGUUUGCCUAUAGGGUACCUUCUUUUCCAUUGACUGGUGAGGAAAGUGAAGGUGUGACAAAAGGAUCCUUUGAACUAGAUCCAGCAUCUUUGCCUACCGGUCUCGAGGAGAUUGAUGUUCCUGAAGAGUUGAAAGUGGAGGCUGGAAGUAUUGAUCCCAGUGGUUUGUGUUCGAAACCUUCUGAUGAAAUCAAAGAUGGAAUAGGUUCUGAAGCAAGUACGUUUAUGGACCGUGCUGAUGGGGAGGCAGCCCAUUUAGAGCCUCGUGAUGAUAAUUCUGGAAAAGUUGGGGAAGAUUAUAGUGCUCCUCCAUCCCCAACUUUUGAAGAUGUCGACAUUCCAGAACCAGAAUUCUGCAAUUUUGAGGCUUAUAAAUCUGUUGAAAACUUUCAGGUUGGUCAGAUCUGGUCAUUGUACUCGGAGGAGGAUGGCUUGCCCAAAUACUAUGGUCAAAUUACGAAAGUAGUUACUGAACCUAGUGUCAAACUUCAAUUGAAGUGGCUGGCCCACUUGCCUGCUGACACGUUGCAGUGGUUUGACAAGGAUGUGCCCAUCUGUUGUGGGAAAUUUAAGAUUACCAAUGAUAAAGAUUCCUACGCAUCCACCAAUACUUUCUCGCACCAGAUGAGAGCAGAACCUGCUGGUAAGAAGAAUGAAUGUCAUAUUUUCCCUCGGAAGGGUGAGGUGUGGGCAUUGUUUAAGAACUUGAAUCCUGAAAUGAAGUGUUCGGAAUUGGAGCACUGUAAAUAUGACAUAGUACAUGUCCUUGAGGAAAAUGAUUUGCACUUGAAAGUUUCACUUUUAGAGCGUGUGGAUGGUUUUAACUUGGUUUUCAAGGCUCAACUGCGAAAGGGUUCUGUUGUUACAAGGGAUAUCCGUAGGGUUGAGCAACUUAGGUUUUCCCAUCAAAUUCCUGCUUUCCAGUUAACUGAAGAAAGAGGUGGCGGCUUGAGAGGCUGUUGGGAGCUGGAUCCAAACGCAUUGCCAGUUCAUUAUUUUGCUUGAAUUAAAGUGGCAGCAGGUUGCUGAAAACUAGCUUUUUCCCAGAAGGCUUUUCUGAAAUGAGCUCGCGAAAACAUUGUUCGGGUUGUUUGAGGCAUCCGGAAGUUUGAAUCUGUGCAUAAUCUUAUGUGUCGGAUUUGCUGCUCUCGAGUUGUUGAUUGAGGGCAGAUGGUGCAAGUUUCAUGGUGUGCUUUUGUUCUCAAAUGACAUGAAUCAGGAAGAAAUGGGCUUAUUGUCAUGUAGGUUCUUAUUUUUUUUAAUCCUUUUGAUCUGAGGAAUCAACUUUUUGGCAUUUAGGCUGUAGCAUUGGACUUGUGAAUUCUAUUUCCCUUGUUAGAUGCUGUAGUUGCAUUUUAUUUGAUUUUUUCAUUCAGAUGUAGAGAUCUAUCGGCAUACCCACUAUCUACUCUUGGUGGGCACAAUGCAAAUGCAAUUAAGCAGGACUUACCACUCUCUA